UUGAUUAACUAUCUUUUUUAAACUAAUUUUAUAACAUUCAUUAAAACUUUACAUAAUUUUUUAGCACAACAUAAGUUUUCAAACUAAAUGGAAUCAAAUCAAGAAGAUUGCAACAAAUUCAAUUCUUUUAUGGGUAUUCAACCUUUUUCAGAAAAUUUAUUUUCACGCAAAAAAUUACUUUGUGAAAUUCAACAAUAUUUUUUACAAGAUGUUAAUAAUUCAGCUUUAGUAUUAUAUGGAAUGUCGGGUGUCGGAAAGACACUUAUCGCCAAAAAAUAUUGUGAAAUAUCUUAUAACUUCUAUAAAAACUUUGUUUGGAUUGACGCAUCAUUUGGAAUGUUACAAACUUCAUUGAGAAGACAAUGCCAAAUAUUAGGAAUCGAGGUUCAUGAUUCGAAAAGUGAUUAUUUUAAUGUAGAAUUGAUUGUUGAAAAAAUUCACAACUAUCAUAAAAAUGAAAAAACUUUGUAUAUUUUUGACAAUGUUGGCGAUGAAAGUGCUAAAAAUUUAUCAAUGUACAUUUCAAGAAAACCGAAUUCAUUUAUGUUGAUUACCUCCUAAUUGAGAACGUGGUUGAAUAAUGUAAAUAAAAUGCUAGUUGAUGUUUUUUCUUCUGAAGAAGCAUUCGCUUACGUUAGCAAUAAUAUUAAAGAAAAUACAGAAGAAAACAUAACAAACUUAAUUAAAGAACUUGGAUAUCAUCCGUUUGCAAUUACUCAAGCAAUAAAGUAUAUAAAUAUAGAUAAAAUUUCGAUAGAAAAAUAUAUUGAUCGAUAUAGAUCAAAACCAUCGAAAAAAAUAGACAACUAUAACUUUCCAACGGAAGAUGAAUCAAAGUCUGCAAUAAAAGCAAUUAACUUAGUUUUGAUAAAAUUAGAAAAAACUAAACCUUUUCUAUUUAAUAUAUUAAACUGUUUGUCUCAUUGCGACGGUCAAAACAUCAGUAAACAAUUUAUAAUCCAAAUGUCAAAUCACAUUAAAAUAAACGAUGAACCUCUAAUAGAUGAAGCAAUUGGAUUACUAAUGAAUUAUUCUUUACUAAACUAUUUUGAUGAUAAAAAAUAUUCGAUGCACGGACUGACACAGUUGACAUGUAAAUAUUUUCAAAAGAGAAAAUCAAGUACAAAUACGUAUCUUGAUUUCAUCAAAAAUUAUUUUAAAGUUGAAUUAAAUAAAGUAAAAGAUCACGAGAAUUACGAAAAUCAUAUUGUUUUUCAUUUUAUCUACAUGUUUCGUAAUAAUGGAAAAAAAAUAUUGGAAACCUUCCAUCAUAUGACGUCUUCUAUUCGAAUUAUGUUAAUAUGUAAAGGUUUAUUUGAAGAAGCAAUCGAAAUGCUAAAAAUUAUUCAAAAUUUUAAUACAGAAACUUAUGGUGAAGAUAAUGAAUUCACGCUCAUGACAAAAUUUAAUGUUGCAAGCUGUUUGAACAGUAUGGGAAAAAUUAACGAAGCUUUACAAAUUUAUUAUUCUGUUGAUAAAAUACAAACUGAAAUUUUAGGUAUCAACCAUCCGGAUACAAUGGCAACAAAACAUAAUAUUGCAAGCUGUUUGGACAAUAUGGGAAAAUAUAACGAAGCUUUAGAGAUUUAUUAUUCUGUUGAUAAAAUACAAACUGAAAUUUUAGGUAUCAACCAUCCGGACACAAUAACAACAAAAUGUAAUAUCGCAUUCUGUUUGGACAAUAUGGGAAAAUAUAACGAAGCUUUAGAGAUUUAUUAUUCUGUUGUUAAAAUACAAACUGAAACUUUAGGUAUUAACCAUCCGGAUACAAUGAAUACAAAACAUAAAAUUGCGUUCUGUUUGAACAAAAUGGGAAAAUAUAACGAAGCUUUAGAGAUUUAUUAUUCUGUUGAUAAAAUACGACUGAAAUUUUUGGUAUCAAUCAUCCGGAUACAUUAAAAACAAAACAAAAUAUUGCAUUCAGUUUGAACAAAAUGGGAAAAUGUAACGAAGCUUUAGAGAUUAAUUAUUCUGUUGAUAAAAUACGAACUGAAAUAUUUGGUAUCAACCAUCCGGAUACAAUGAAAACAAAACAAAAUAUUGCAUUCCGUUUGCAGAAUAUGGAAAAAUUUAACGAAGCUUUAGAGAUUUAUUAUUCUGUUGA